AUGGCGAACUCAGAGGCCGGAACGAACAGUGAUGUUGAACGAGCGAUAGGAGACGAGUACCUAGUGUUCUUGAGCUUCAGAGGUCCCGAUACUCAUUACGCAUUCACAGACCACCUCUACCAUGGCUUGAAAGAUGUGGGGGUCCGCGUGUUCAGAGAUGACAAGGAGCUCCCCGAGGGCGAAAAGUUUGGUGGGAACCUUCUGAGUGCUAUCGACAACUCCAUGAUUUACAUACCCAUCUUUUCUCAAACCUAUGCUUCAAGUAUAUGGUGCCUUCGUGAGCUUGCGCACAUAGUGGAGAACGUGUCUAGGUCGAACGGUAGAAAAAGCAUCCUUCCCAUUUUCUUCAACGUGGAACCUGAGGAUGUCAAGCUUAGGACUUCACUAUAUAAGGAUGCUUUACUGGAGCGCGAGAACAAGUUUUCCGGGGAAGUCGAGAAAUGGAGAGAGGCUCUUGCAGAGGUGGGUAAAAUCUUGGGAUGGAACGUGAAAAGGGACCAAAGCGAAGCAGAGAUUAUUAAAUCAGUCGUUGAUACGGUUUCGAAGAAACUGGAGCUAAGAAAAAAAUCAGUGGCUGAGCAUUUAGUCGGACUUGAUGAUCGGGUGAAGCACUUGACAGAGUUAUUAUUAAAUGUCAACCAUUCUGAUGUGCUGCUCGUUGGAAUUUAUGGAAUGGGUGGCAUCGGUAAAACAACCAUUGCCAAAGUCGUCUUCAAUGAACUAUCUUCCCACUUUGGAAAGUGUUGCGGUUUCCUUGAGAACGUUCGAGAAAGCAUGUCGACCAAGGAAGGCACAGUCCAAUUGCAGAAGAAGUUAUUGUCUGACAUUGUUGGUUUUGCACAUGCAGAAAGAGUCAAGGAUAGUGAAGAAGGAAUGAGAAAGAUUGAAGCAACACUCCCCGAGAGGAAGGUCCUUGUGGUUCUGGAUGAUGUUGAUAAUAAAGAUCACAUUAAGAAACUAAUAGGAAAUGAAUCAUUAAAUUCAGCAUCAAGAAUAAUCAUUACAACGAGAGACACAGCUGUUCUGCAAGUUCGGGGAUUUGAAGGUAAAAUUAUACUGUAUGAGAUGCUUGAGAUGGAUGAUGCUCCCGCAUUUCAGCUUUUCUGCCGACAUGCCUUUGGCGGAGAUUCUCCUUCGGAUGAUUAUCGGGAGCUUUCAAGGGAAAUUGUCUCAAGUACAGGACGGCUCCCUUUGGCAAUUGAAGUGAUAGGUUCGUUGCUUUAUGACUAUCAAAACAACAAAGCAGUUUGGGAAGAGACUUCGGUCAAGUUAAGGAAUAUACCCGAGAAAGAUAUUGUAAAAAAGCUAAGGAUUAGCUAUGAUGACCUAGAUGAAAAUCAACAAGAAAUUUUCCUCGAUAUUGCAUGCUUCUUUUGCAACAAGAGUAAGAACGAUGCAACUUACAUGUGGACGGAUUGUAAAUUUUAUCCCGAAAGUGGAAUUCAAGUCCUUACCAGCAAGUGCUUGAUAAAGAUAUUGGACAAUGAUAAACUCUGGAUGCACGAUCAACUCAUAGAUAUGGGAAGGGAAAUCGUCCGUCUAGAAGGUCCAAAUGAUCUUGGCAAGCGGAGCAGGCUGUGGAAAGCAAAUGAGGCCAUCGAAAUGAUAAGAACCGAAGAGAGGAAGGGCGAGGUUCAAGCGCUUGAGAUAAGUGGAUCGGUUGGCUCCAUAGAGAUCACUAAUGGAGAGUUUGAAAGGUUACCAAAUCUAAGAUUCCUCAAGUUAUGCAGUGGAGAUUUUGUUGGGGACUUUGCAAAGUGUCGUUCGAAGUUGAGAUGGAUUUCUUGGCGGCCUGCUCUUCAGGAUUUUAGAGCAGUCAAUUUUUAUUUGACUCAUCUUGUUGUUUUUAAACUUGACAGGAAUCACUUCACGGAUGAUUCAAAAGCAUGGGACUUAAUCAAGGCGCGGAAUUUGAAAGUUUUAUCUCUUGAGAGGUGUGAUGGCAUAACCACAAUCCCGAACUUCUCUAAAUGCUUGGGUUUAGAGAGGUUAACUCUUGUGUGCUGCUCUCGGCUAGAGAGGAUUGACAGAUUCAUUGGACAUCUACAAUCAUUGAUUAAGUUAGAGAUUAAGGGGUGCACGCGCCUUAUAGAUUUGCCCGAAAAAAUGGGGGCACUGGUGAAGCUUCAGCUCUUAUCAUUGUCAAGAUGUUCUAGCUUGAGAGGGCUUCCGGGCUCACUUGGGAAUUUAACCUCAUUGAUAGAGUUGGACUUAACGUAUACAAGAAUAAGGGAACUUCCCAGCUCCAUUGGAAAGUUAAUAUCACUCCGCAUCUUGCGUGUUUCAACUUGGUUAGAUUAUGGUGAGACCGAUGAUUUCCGGUUUCCUUAUGGUGAGACCGAUGAUUUCCGGUUUCCUAGUGGCAUCAGCACUUUGGUAAAUCUUGAAGUGCUGGAUUUCUCUGGGCAUCAAGAAUUGAGAGGUGAAAUUCCCGUUGGAAUUGGAGAAUUGUCCUCUUUAAAAAUCCUAAAUUUAGAUUCCACCGGUAUUUGCAGAAUUCCAAGGACAAUCAACAGGCUUCAUCACCUCCAAACACUCAAUUUAAGGGGAUGUCAUUCGAUUCAGGUGUUGCCGGAUCUUCCCACAAGUUUGACCCGUCUAAUUCUUCAAUCUAGGUCAUUGCUCUCAGUCCCAAAUCUGUCGAACCUUACUAAUUUGGUUGAACUGCAACUACAUGGUGGCCCUUGGAUUACAAAGAAAUCAAACCUACUCGCGGAAUGCAAUUUAAGUUGGAUUGGGAGCUUAUCUAGACUGAAAAAGUUGAUAUUAAACUUGCAAAACGUCCCUGCACCUCUAGAGUUGGCAUCUCUUCCUUGCCUGGAAGACCUUGAUUUGAGUCUCCUAGACCCAAAACCCCUCAUGCAGCUUCCGUCCUCUAACUGGAGUUGGAGAAAUUUGUCGACUUUAGGGAUCGGUUGGUGUGAAGUGGAAGACAUUCCACUCGAGAGAUUUACACGACUGGAGAAAUUAACUGUUAACCAUUGUCAACAGCUUCAGAGAUUAUCCAUUCCUUGGGAAUUACGGAAGCUACGGGAAGUGUGUGUGUAUGGUUGUCCAGAGCUAGUUGAGAUACAAAUUGUGGGUCUUUCGAAAUUAUUGGAAUGCUUGAGCGUCCAAAAGUGCGAAUCUCUGACAAGAAUAUGCGGGUUACCAUGCUUGAAGAACCUGGAGAAACUGAGAAUCCACGGCUGCGGCGAAUUGACAUGGUUGAUUGAUGCAUCGUGCACAAACAUACCAGAUGAUUGCGUCGUCAGAAUAUGUAAGUGUGGAGACUCCAUCAAAGAUAGUGAAUCUCCAUAUGAUGUUGGAAUGUCCUUAAAGCGUUAUAGAGAGGAGAUUCUUUCGAAUAUAUCAAACAAGACGGGACUUUCCUUCGCAAUCAGAUUUCACCUUGGGGUAAAGAGGUCUAGUGACGGUUUUGAGUUUGUUGGUGGGAUAAAGAGGGAAAACGAAGAUGUCGCCCCAGAUUCAGUGACAUAUAAAGGAUUGAUUGCGGAUGUUAAAUGUUUCGGCUUUAGUUUGAAGAGAAUGUGGUACACGGCGCCUGGUACAUACCACAAGUUGCUCAUAGAGGUCAAGAGUGAUGAGCAAGUGAAGGGAAUGGUGCUACUUGCAUCUAAAAGGGGAUCAAUUCAUCUGUACGUCGAGGGAGGUGUUGACAGUGAGUGGGAGGGAGAGUACGAUGACGAGAUGAUGGAGAUGUUAAGGGAGGAAUGGGCAAUGAGGACUGAUGUGCAUUCUGACGAGGAUGGGCCUGAGUGGGACGUUCCAAAUCCUGAUGAAGACGCGGACUCUGCAUCUGUUGGUGAAAGCGAAGCUGAUGGCACCUCCUCCAUUGAUGAUUUCCGGUCAGAGCCAGACAAUGCUGAAUGUGUCAAGGCCACGGGAAAUAGGAGGCAAUCGAGGGGUGGAAGGAUUGGGUACCCCGGCUGUGUCGAUGGAGGGAAAGCGGUGAGCAUGGAAAAUAGAAAGGAGGAGAAGGAUGACAGUGGGGAACCCGCUGACCAAAAUGACUUCGUUCGGUCGAGUUGCCAAAGGUGUGAAGGAGUUGAACAUCAGGAUAGCUCUUGCAAAGCUACAACUGAAUUUGAGGAUGAAGGGGCCCUUUCUUCUGUGAAGAGAGAUAGAACCGUGGAGACAGACCGAAUACCUACAAACAAAGGCCGAGGAAGUAGGACCGGACGUUCUUCAAACCCAGGAAGAAAGGGGCAAAGUGUCAAGAUCACGAGGCCGCUCGACUUCGAGGACAGAAAAGGGCAAAGCGUCAAGAUCACGAGGCCGCUCGACUUCGAGGACGAGAAAGGGCAAAGCGUCAAGAUCACGAGGCCGCUCGACUUCGAGGACAGAAAGGGGCAAAGCGUCAAGAUCACGAGGCCGCUCGACUUCGAGGACGGGAAGGGGCAUAGCGUCAAGAUCACGAGGGAAGGACAGGAAGGGGCAUAG